AUGUGGGAGGUUCCACCCAGCCAUCGCGAAAAGUACGCAUGGAUCCCCGAUCAUAUCAGAGGACGCCUUCCGGCCUCGCUCGAGAGCAUCGAGGUGGCGAGCUGCUACUGCACGGGCGAACGCAUCUAUGCCGUGGCCAAGAUGGACGGCCAGCGAGUAUUCGUCAGGAUGGUGCGCAAUGAUGCAGAGCUGGCCAGUCACCCUCGCUAUGCCAAGAUUACGGCCAGCUCCACAGCGCGGGUGGUCAACCAGUACGAAGCACUGCGCUACGUGAGUCGCGAGACAUCGGUGCCCGUGCCUCGCAUUGUGGCGUACCAAAACGACGAGGAUGUUCCGGCCGACUGUGCUCACACGUGCCUGCACCUUGCCACUCGCCCCAGCAACGCCGCAAGUGGACAGUCGUCGAGCCCUCAAACCAGAGCAUUAACUGGCUCGUAG